AUGGUCAAGGCCGUCCGGGGCGUGCUCGUCGAGUGUGAGCCCGCCAUCAAGUCGAUUCUCGUGCACAUCGACAGCACCCACCACCAUGAGUUCAUCAUCGAAGACCUUGAUGAGACGCAUCUGUUUGUAAAGGAGACCAUGUUGCAGGUCCUGAAGCAGAAGCUCGAGGAACGACUCAAGGAGACGUACCGGCCAGAGGAGCCUCUGGAAGAUAGUGACUAG